GAAGAAGAAGACGAAGACGAAGAAGAAGAAGAGGACGACGACGACGACUACUAGGGAACGGAAGUAAACGUUAUGAGAAUGUGAAUUCGCAGCAUCCAGGCUUGUAUUAGCUCUGGACAUGUCGCCUUUACCCUCAUCUGCAGCUGUCUGACUAACUGUAGUAAUACAUGAGUGUAGCUGGAACGUUAGCCAACUGCACUUCUGUCCGGCCCUGCCACAUUUCACUGAAAAUGCGCUGAUUUGUUUUCCAGAACUAUCGCGAUCUAAAGUCAACGUAACCACCAAUCAGUCAACAAGUUCACGGAUGGACAUGUCCAGUAGACUGUUAGUGCUGCAGCAGCUGGCUGAGAGCUGUGGGGUCAGUACAGUCCAGCAGGGCUUACAGCAGGUCUGGAGGCUGCUCCUCCUCUGCCUCAUCUGUAGACUCUGCUUCAGACUGGGAGGUGUGUCCACUGUGAAGCAUGUAGUGUCGGCGUUGUCUGGGGUCUACGGCCUCUUCCUGUUUUUUGAACUGCACAUGCUGUGGGUGCUGUGGCUCUGUGCGCUCUGUUACCUUGUUCUGCUCCUCAGCCGACACUCCAGCAGCAGAGGCCUCUUCCUCUCGGUUGUCAUCCUCAUCUACCUCCUUGUUGGAGAGUUGCAUUUGAUUGACAUGGUGACCUGGCAUAAAAUCAGAGGCUCUCAGAUGGUGGUGGCCAUGAAGGCCAUCUCUCUGGCCUUUGACCUGGACAGAGGAACAGUGGGCAGCCUGCCCUCCCCAGCUGAGUUCCUGGGUUAUGUUCUUUUUGUUGGCACUGUUGUCUUCGGCCCUUGGAUCAGCUUCUCCACUUAUCAGAACGCCAUUGAGGGCACAAAACUGAGCUGGUUGUGGCUGCGUAGCUCCUCCCUCAGCCUGCUGAAGAGUCAGAUCUGUCUGCUGGUCUCCACCUGCGUCGCCCCUUACCUGUUCCCUUUGUUAAUCCCCAUCUAUGGAAGCACAGUCACACAGAAGUGGCUUCAUGCUUAUGAGAAUGCAGUGUCCUUCCACUUCAGUAACUACUUUGUGGGUCACCUCAGUGAAGGCACCAGCAUGCUGGCUGGUGCAGGCUUCACUGAAGAAAAGGACAACAUCAGAUGGGAUAUGCGUGUGGUGAAGCCUCUCAGUGUGGAAAUGCCUCGCUCCAUGGUGCUGGUGGUGACGUCCUGGAACAUCCCCAUGUCCAGAUGGCUAAAAACCUAUGCCUUUAAAAACGCCAUGAAACUGGGGACUUUUCCAGCCAUCCUGGUGACGUACACUGCCAGCGCCUUACUGCACGGUCUGAGCUUUCACCUGGGAGCUGUUCUGCUCUCUUUGGGCUUCAUCACAUAUGUUGAACAUGUUCUGAGAAAGAAGCUUGCAUCCAUCUUCAGUGCCUGUAUCCUGUCCAGGGCCUGCACCUCUGACUGCAGCCACCAGCACAAGAAGGAGUAUUGGGUGAUGUUGCUAAACCUGGUUUUCAGCUUCCUGGCCAUCUUCCACCUCACCUACCUGGGCUCCAUGUUUGAUCCUGGAGUUGAUGAACAGGAAGUAGAGGAGGUGAGAGCAACUGAGGACUGAGUUAAAGGAAAAGGGAAUAUUUCUAUGCCACAUAAAUGCCAACAGGAUGUAGUGCAGGACACAGUGGCUCCGUUUUGAGCAGUGAAGAGCCUACCAGGAAUGGGAGGGAUUAUGCCCUUUCGGUAGCUGGAAGGCUUUUAAUUGGAAACAUCAGUGAAUUAAACUCUACACUUUCUGCACAGAAGCUUAAUAAAGACGGAAGACAAAAAUAAAGUGAACGAUCGGUACUUGUUAGAGAAGCAAAGAGAGAGCAGCAGAGUGGUGAGUAUGACAUGACUCUGAAGUACUGAUGGAGUUAAUGUACGUCACACUGAAAGUAUCAAGACUUCAGGUGAACAUGAAGGAACAGGAGCAGAUCAGAAAACAGGCAGCCCUUAACUGAAAUACUGUAUGAUGGCACAUGCUAAUAAAACUGACAUUAGAAAUAUACGGCUGGUGCAGGGGCUAGCACUGUCCCCUCACAGCAACAGGGCUCUCCCCUCUGUGUGGAGUAGAUGCUUAUGGCUGACUGGCUCCAGUCCCCCUAGACCCUCUGAGGAUGAGGAUAUAAUGGAUUGAUAGAUACAGUUGUGAAAAAGUGUUUGCCCCUUCCUGAUUUCUUAUUUUUUUGCAUGUUUG